GUGAUGUUACAAAACAUUUCCGAGCAAAGUACCAAGGGAAACGUUGCCUUGAUCGGGCACGAUAUCGAAGAAAAUUCGAACGUUCCACAAAGAAUCAGUGAUAAUGUACAGGAGACGGAGUUACAAAACGUUCUAUUAGAUCCGUUGCAAUUGACCUCAAAUAAAUCGAAGUCUGCCUCGAAUAUUGCUUCAGAAGAGUUAGGCAAAUUUGACAAUUCCUCAUGCCUAAGGGCUAUGGAAAUGCUCGACAAACAGUAUGUUAAUUAUGCAUCACCGCCAAUCCAUCAGAACUCGUACUUCACCAGAGAAGCUUAUGGGAGAUAUUCACAAUAUUCAUUACGCCGGGUUUAUGAAAUGUCCGUUGAUCACCAAAGAACCAAUAAUAUGAUCAACGAUAAUCAUGAAAUUGCUGAUAAAGGAACUUCUAGUGCUGUCGAUAAAGAAUGUUCUAGUAUCAUUGAUACGGAAGUUCCUAGCAUUGUUGAUAAGGAAAUUCCUAGCAUUGUUGAUAAGGAAAUUCCUAGCAUUGUUGAUAAGGAAAUUCCAAGCAUUAUUGAUAAGGAAAUUCCAAGCAUUAUUGAUAAGGAAAUUCCAAGCAUUGUUGAUAAGGAAGUUCCUAGCACUGUGAAUAAGGAAGUUCCCAUCGUCGUUGAUCAAGAAGCUCAUCAAGUUAUUAACAGCAAACUUCCCGAGGUCUUACCAGAGAAAAAUCCGAUUUAUAGUGAUGAGGAUGACUUGGUGAUGGAUGAUCAGUCCGAUGGAGAUGACGCAGAGGUAAUUGUAACCCAACGAAAAAAUUCCGAACAAGGGAGUCAACAUGAAGAAGCAUCAAACUAUUCAAGAGGAUUGGUUGCAGAACAGUCACAUAGUCAAAAUAGUAGCGCGCGGUCUACGAUAAAGGAAACAAGAAUUGACGAAGUAUCUUCGGCGCAAGCAAAAAGUAAUCCUGCAAAUAACAAGCCAGAUGAAAAACUUCAAGCAAUCGAAUCACAAGAUUCUUACGAUGUCAUUGGACCAUAUUUACAAUUACUUGGAAAACAUAAAAAGCAAUCUGAGAGACCUAGCGUAAAGCGAGAUUCUAACAAUUCGAUCAAUUCUUCUACUCAAGUGGCCUCAACCCCCGUGGAUACGGCUUCUGUUUCAUCUGAUGCUUCACAUAAUUCUCCAACAACAACAACACCCUAUUCUAAAAUGUCUCACGAACAACACAUUAAUUUUCUUCGUCUCACUUUACUCUCGGAAACCAACUCAACUUUAUUAACUGAGCCAGAUUGGGGCUUUAUUAGCGUUAUGAAAGAACGCUUUAGGGAAGAAAGAGAGGAGUAUAUCCAAUGGAUGUAUAACAGAUCACAGGAGCGCAUCGUUUAUUUAGACCAAAAAAUUGCAAAUCAACUUGAGCGUCACUUUACUUCAUGUGUGGAACGUGUUACUAAAAAUUAUCCCCGUUUUUAUGAAGUUUCGUUUACCAUGGGGCUUGCACUUCCAUCUCCAAGUCCGGAUGAACCAGUUUUAAAAUUCAGUAAGACAAUAAAGAGAGUUGGAACAUGUUAUAAAUUCCGCCUACAAUUGCCAACACCAUCACAUACACUUAAGGUACCUUUAGAAAGGGAGUACAGAUCAUUUAAUACGAAUUUUGCUGACAAUAAUCAUGCCGGUUCAACUGAUAGCAAUACGCUUGAUGAAAAACAAAAUCAACAAAGUGAUGUUGAUAUGGUGGAUGUACACAACCAAACGGAAGUUAAAUCACCCAAUAAUGUUGAGCCUAUUAAAGUUCCAAAAAAAUAUUGGCAGAAAAUGAGCAUGCCAGUCGUUAGUCGAGAUCCGUUAAUUCCUUUAAUGGUUAUUCAACACAAAGUAAACAUAGUGAUAUCAUCAAGUAGUCUUUGUGCUCUUGUCGCCUUACAAGCAUCCGCAGAUGUUGAAAUCGAAUUGCCAAUUCGUGUAACAGAGAGUAAAGAUAGUGAUACGGUGCUUAAAACUGUUUACGUUGACAAACCGUUGCUAAAAAGGCAUAUGACUCCCAGACAACGGAAUCAAAAUUUCUACGAUAUAGCUUUCGAGAGUAUGGCGUUCGAUUUGGGCGUUGACGUUAACGAUGUUUUUAACAACUCCAUGGGAAAUGUUCAUAAUUUAGUAUCUCCGGAGUCUCAGAAGAAAGAUGAAAAAAUGGAAAAUUGUUCUCUGACGAAGAUUGGUAGUUGCAGUAAUUCUGAUAAACCAAUAGAUUCUACGUGUCACGAGAUACUGUCCGAUGAACAUCUCCGUUCCGGGAAUUUGAUAUAUAACUUAUGGAACUUUGGUGAUAUGGUUAUCUUGAUACGAUGCAAAGCUCAUUCCUACAUUCAAGAGUCAAACAAUGAUAGUAAGAAUCGUAUAAUCGGGGUUAAGACAAAAUUGGAGUACCAAUUGGAUCUAGGAUCAGAAGAAAUUACAAAUUUAGAGAGAGCGCGUUGGUGGAUUUAUACUUAUAUCCGCAAUAAUGCUCACCUUAUCCUUGGUCAUGUGAAUGUACCUGCGAACGAAUUGGUGGAUAUACAAAGGAUGCGAAUGGCUGAUAUUAUUCCUGACGGAAAUUGGCCCAGGCCUCAUAGCAAAAUGUUACAUCACGUCCUAAAAAAAUUACAAUGUCUUCCUGUAGGAUCUUAUUUAUUUUCCCACGAGAAAGGAGAUCCACACGCUACAGUGUAUAAAAGCGCUGAAAUUUCAUCUUUGACUAACCAAGUUCAGUAUUCAUCCGAACCUAAUGGUCAAACGUUGACGAUUCUACCCGAGGUUGCAACGCACCUAUAUGAUCUUCACAGGGCUCACUCACAAUCUCCCCUCCUAGACUUGAAGACUGUACCUUUUGUUCUGAUAAAAUGGUCCGGACUUCAAAAUCAAGUUCCUUACACAUUUCCUAUUCGACCGCCAGAAAAAAGACUUGUCUACUGUUUUGACUUUAUUAAAUUUGGAAAAUGUGAUAAGACAGAUUGUGUCUAUCCUCAUCUUUCAAAAGAACAAUGUGAACUAUCCGGACUAAAGACCAAUUAUUGUUUUGUCUUCGCUGAUACGGGAAAGUGUGAGAAUCGCAAUGAAUCAACAAAUCCGCUCGAUCUAGAUGAUAAAAAUAUGGUUGAAAGCUCAGGAACGAGUUUAGCACCAGAUUUUGAAAUGUUACUGAGAGAAUUUAAUAGUUAA